AAAUUCUUGUGCAAAUCAAAAAACAGUUUUUAUAUUUAUUUAGUAUGCAGUUUUAAAUAAAAAGACCAACGUACAAUAUGCUGCGACUAACGUUGCUGAAAUUCAACAGUAAUCUUUGUAAAUUAUAUCCAUUGCGCAGUUUAGGCGGCAAUGCGAGAUGGAAGAGCAACAAGGUGCUAACAUACUAUGAAGUGCUAAACGUGCCCAAUGAUUGCAGCUCACGGGAUAUACGCAAUGCAUUUGUCAAACUCUCAAAACAGUAUCAUCCAGAUGCAACGGGCAACAAAGAAACAAAUGCAGAGCAGUUUGUACAAAUAUCUGAGGCUUACAAGACGUUGGUAAAGGAAACAACGCGCAGGGAAUAUGAUGACAGUCUGCUAUGGAGUCCAAGCGGCUCAGCGCGCUCGCCGCUUGAUGUGGGGCAGACCUGGGAAGUUAAGCCUAAUUAUCAUCCCAAUCCGGGUCCCUACUAUGGCAUCAAGGGCAUUGAACGCGUUUCAAACAUUAAAGUGGCUUUGUUUCUCUUGGUGCUGGGCAUAGCCGGCGCCGUUUUUGGCUUCAGCUCAGUGAAGCACUCAUUUCAUCUGCAUCGACAGGUGCAAGAUGAAGUCUCUGCUGAGGCAAACACCCACCAUGCUACAGUUGUGGCCGAUGCACAAAAAUAUGGCAACAAGGAGCAGAUUAAACGCAUGGCUGAGCGCUUGGCGCGAGAUCCAUACAAAUAACUUGUUGACACUUUAACAAUGUAGUCUAAAAUAAUAGAGAAAUUUUAUUUUGCUUAAAUGCUGUGGAAUAUGUUUUGAGCCAAGCUGUAACUCUGGAUGCGGGUAAGCAGUCAUAAC